AUGUUUUCGGAGUAUGCGUCGAGGUUCCUGGCUCAGUCACAAUCCCGACUUUCCAACUUCCAGGGCCAGACCGACAACGGCAACGGCAACGGCAACGGCAACGACGCACCAGCCCAUCGCCAGCCAGGCGACUGGUCGCGAGCAUCAAGACACGGCGGCCGCUCAUUCCUAGGCGCAGCGCGCGGAACCAACCCCUAUCAGCCCGCAGCCUCCCGCUUCGGCCAUCUUACCUUCGCCUCGCGCUACUCCACCACCCAGGAUGCGCCCCUCUUCCAGAGCGCCAGGGACGAGCUGCGGGAGGACGACGACGAGGACGAGCGUGACCGGGAAGCCGUAGACCUCUAUGCUCUGCAGCAGUCGCGCCGUGUCUUCCAGACGAGCCGGCUGGAGGAGAGCACGGAACCGGAGGACGAGGGUAGCCGCGGCUCGCUGGAGCAGAGCCAGGACCACGAGGAGGAGGGUAGGGCAUUUUUGGACCGGGCACACACACGGGGCAUCAAGAGUAGUUGGAAUGGACCCAGGAGCAGCUUUGUCCGGAGAGGGCCCGACCACGGUGGCAAGCGUGGUGGCCACGAGGGCCUAGACAGGGUGACAUCGAACAGCAGCGACUCGUCGUCUGGCAGGGGGAGGAUGGAGGACGUCGGUCUCGAGUCGACAAUAGCCGACGGCGAACCACCAGCAGACCUGACCAUGGAGGCAUCCGUCGACGACCACCCUCCGGCUUUCCAGAGGCUACGCGGCACCACCGGCCCUGCGCGGGUACCACUGCGCCGAAAUUCUAUACCCGAGUCAGAACUUGAAGGCGAGAUCUUCAAGCACGAUGCCUUCUUUGCCUGGGUCUACCUGAUCGCGCUGGCGGCCAUGUUUGCCACCUUCAGCCUAGUAUGGCUGCACACAACAACGACACAAAACGGGUCGAAACCAAUAGGAGAUACGAUAUAUACGGUUCUGCGAUCAUCAUUUCACCUACUGGCUGUGGACACCCUGGUCGCGAUCAUAGUAUCGUUCGUCUGGCUAGCAGCUCUGCGAUACUUUGUCAGGCCGCUGGUCGCACUGAUCCUGGUUGCCGUUCCAGUCAUCAUGCUUUCAUUUGCGAUAUACCCUUUUGUUUCCAGUUUUCAAGGACCUGGAGAGGGGUCCAGUCUGCAGGACAUUGUGAUGAGGUGGGCCUCGAUGAUCCCGGGCUUCUUCGCGCUGAUCUGGAUAUAUAUGGUCUGGAAAGGACGCCGCGCGCUCACCUCGUCUAUUGCCAUCCUCGAGUUCUCGAGUCGGAUUCUUGCCGCAAACAAUGCGCUGGUGCUCGUCGGCAUGGGCGCUCUCUCCUUGAUCGUCUUCUGGACGUGGGCGUGGCUUGCCAUGUUCACCAGGGUCUUCCUGGGCGGUUCGUACUCGGGAACCUUGUCCAGGUAUAUCAUCCAGGCUUCGACAUGGUGGCUGGGCGCAUACUUCCUCCUCAUGUAUCUCUGGACGCUGUCGAUGAUCGCAGGUGUCCAGCGGGGAACCACAGCUGCGACUGUCUCCCAGUGGUAUUUUCACCGCAACGCUGUGCCCGCAGUGGCAUCGCGAGACAUUGUCAUGGCGGCACUGAACCACUCGGUGACGACCAUCUUUGGCACGAUCUCGCUCUCGACCCUGCUGGCCAUAGUGGUCCGCUUGCCCCUCCUGGUCCUGCACAGGCGCAUCGCCGGCAUCAUCGCUGCGUUCUUCUACACCCUCGUCCCGACUUCGAUCGUCGCCAUGACUAACCCUCUCACGCUCACUUACGCCGCCAUCCACUCGCAGCCUCUCGUGGACUCGGCCCGCGGCCUGAGUCAGAUGGACUUUUUGGGCCCGCAGGCACCGACGACGACGCUCACACCCCGCAAUCUUAAGCACCGCGGCUCAGCGCCCCUCCUGCCCUACCGCCUGGCGAAGCUCCUCCUGCACGCGACGCGCUUCAUCAUGGCCACGGCGCUGGGCUUCGCAGGCUGGGUGAUCACGGCGCGGCAGCUCAAGGUGGCCCUUCCCGAGGGCAGCCUCAAGGGCAGCGCCUACGCGUACAUGGUCGGCCUCGUGGCAAGCUUCAUCGGCUGGGGCAUCCUCGGGGCGAUGGAGGGGAUCCUGAGCUCCAUCGUGGACGCCGUCAUCAUCUGCUACGGCAGCGAGACGAAGAUGGCGAGUGGUGGUGGGGGGUACUGCAUGGAGGCUGCGCAGCUUUUUGGUGGUCGUGGCAGGGGCACAAAUUGGAAUGAUGCUGAGUACUGAAGAGAGAGGUUUGGUGUGUAGUCAGCCAGUCAUCUGCACACACUGGGCAGCGGACGGCGGGUGGACGUUAUAUGAUUCUUUUCUGUCGGAAUGGACUUCAGAGGCAGCAAGCAGGCUUUCAUGAAAAUCCCAACUAGUACGGGUUGUCGCUCGCGUCCUUCAACACAAAGGACUACAGCCAAAUCUACUACUUGCCCUUAGUCUAUUGCCGCCUCCUCUAUCUGCCUCAGCCUUCUUGCUCCUCCUCCUCCGUUGCCUUUCAUCAU